AUGCGACUCACUCGCAUCUUGUCCCUGCAGUGGGGACCUGCUGCCGUGGCAGGUACAGUUGUGCCGCCUCGGCGAAAGCGGCAGUUUGUCAUGAAGGAGGGUCGUGGCCCCUGUGUGAGCGGCAGCUGCGGCGAUGAAAACAGUAAUACGGAACGGCCCCCACCACACGGGUCCACUUCGUUCGCUUCCAUUCCGCACCGAACUUCUAGUGGUGUUGCCCGCGCAUUAUCGCAGCGCGAGGAGUACCGGGCGUUUAAAGAGGAAGAGGAGGCGAGCAUGCGUCGCCGCGGCGUGCCUGGCGAGUGGCUAUCGCCCAUGCCCAAACGCUACGGCUUCUACGACGGAAUCGACGAGCAUGGUUAUGAGGCCCCGCGUGCGUCAAAAGAAGAGCGACGUGCGAUGCUGCAGGCGGCGCUGGAGCGCAACGCCGCGUCGGUGGUGGAGUUCACCGAAGGUGGGGAGCAAGACAUCGACAUGGGCGGGCUGCCAGAGAGCGAGUACCACGGGCAGGCGGGCUGGACAACAAUUCCACGUGAGUCGGCCUUGUAUAAUAACGUGAUGGCACGAGAGGAGUUGGAUUCACGAACGCGCAACAAUUCUUGGACGAUGGCGCGGCAGCAGCAGCAGAGGAGGAGUGGUGUGUGUUCAGGCGCUGACGGCGAAGGGGCCGCACCGCUCGGCACUGACGAUAGCGACAGCGUGAUAGACGACAAACGACGGCGGCGCCGACAGGAUGAAGGGUCGUACAGCAGUGUUUUUGAUGGGGAUUUGCUGGAGCCGAACUACGAGAGUAUUGGCCAACCAUGCUCGACGUAUGGGUUACGUAAGAUGUUCGUGGCGGGGUUCACAGGCUACCAGGGCAUUAUUACAAAGGAGGAGGAGGCACGUAUUUGCGAUGAGUUGAUGCAACUGCUACAGGACCGUCGUGCUGCGUAUAUUGCUGAAGAGACGCGCUAUUGCGUCAAUCUCUAUGAAAAGGAACUGGGAAUACCUGGAAAAGACACACUGGCCUUUGCCAUGAGCCGCGCGCCGACAUUGCAGCGUGUGCUGGAGCGUUUUUUUCAUCUUGGUCUUAUCCCAAGCCCUCCCAAUAUUUGUCAGGUGAGUGAGAUGAUUGGAAACUUCUCUGGCUACCCCGUUCACAAAAAACCCCUAACGAUCGGGCCGUAUUGUGGAAUAUUGAACCUCGUAUCCACUACGGUCAUGUAUCUUCAGCACUUGGACAGUCCAUGGUUCCCUCGGGUUCACGUAAACCCACGGAGUCUCUUUGUGGUAGAGCAGCCGUGCCUCGGUGACUACAAGAUGGGGUACAAGCGGACACAUCAGCCGUUCCACACCUUUGAGUAUGCAACUCGAGUGUCAAAGGAUUACCGUAUAGAGGUGAUGUUCGCGACGGUUGAGGCAGCGCAGAUGCGGUAUCUCAAGGAAGCUGUGGGAAUGACUGAGUAUGCAGAGAGGAAACAACUGAGUGAAGGUAGCCCAGAUCAAAUGACGAUACUUCCGUCGCCAAUAUCGUCAUCACAAACAUCGGUGUUGAGUGGGGCGAGUGAUGGAGUGGUGCCGCCUUUUAGCGGCUCUACCGACAAGUGGUUGGAGCGGCUGAACCAUCAGAUGCAUGCCUCUGAGAGGGACACAGAGAUGGGGAACAAGGGCACCCUCGUUGAUGGAACGGCGCUGCGGGAGCAGCUUCUGGCCUCUGGGUUCAUCGGCGCAAAGCCACGACCAUUUGAGGCAACCGCGAUAACAGCUGAAGCCAAUUCAGGUGAAGUAACAGAACAACAGACGGGAAAGAUGACGCCGGCGCAGCGCCGAAUGACGGCAUUGAAGGCACGCUACACAUUUGCAAAACGACUUAAAGAGGAGUCCGGCCCGUGGGUGUCAAAGGAGGGUGUGCGCGUCAUUGAAGGGCACUCACCACGGAAGAACACACGAAUUUAG